AUGGUCGUCAAGAAGAAAAAGACGUUGACCCGUCUCGCCCAAGGCCGGCCACCGCUUGCUACACCAUCGCGUUCUAUGACUCGCAAGGCAAGCAGGACACUGAUCAACAAGCACCAUCAGCUGGAAAAGACUAGAACAAGGGCCAUCAGAGUUGGAGAUAAGGAAACAGAAGCCAAGGUCACAGCUGAGCUCGAGAGCCUGGGAGGGUUGGAUCACUAUCAAAAGGCCAGCCUACAGGGACAAAGCAUCGACAGAGGGGGAGAUACAUCAAAGGUUCUCAUGGACUGGCUCCCGCUGGAUGAGCUCAAGAAGCAAACUCAACCUCUGCAGAUGCUCGAAGUCGGGGCGUUGAGCACCCGGAACGCUUGUUCAACUAGCAAAAUCUUCAACGUUGAGCACAUUGACUUGAACAGCCAGGAACCAGGCAUUCAGCAGCAGGACUUUAUGGAGAGGCCGUUGCCUGAAAAUGGCAAGGGCCCAUUCGAUAUCAUCUCGCUGAGCUUGGUUCUCAAUUUCGUGCCCGAUGCUCUCGGCCGUGGCGCCAUGCUUCUACGAACUCUGUCGUUUCUCCGGGCCGAUACCGACACCACGAUUACUACCGAACCUCUCUUUCCCUGUCUCUUCGUCGUCCUACCGAGGAGCUGUGUCGACAAUUCGCGGUAUUUUACGGAUGACAAGUUUGACGAGCUGAUGGCUGCGCUUUGUUACACGAGAGUGAGGAGCAAGAAGACUCAGAAACUGGCCUACAGCUUAUGGAGAAGAGUCGCGGGAGUGGUAAAAGAAGGCCUGACGUUCCCAAAGCAAGAAGUCAACCCAGGAAAGACCAGAAACAACUUCGUCAUGACUCUCAAAGGACCAAAGACCUGA